AUGAGUACCUCGUAUUGCUUGCUCGAAGCGGCACCAUCGACAUCAUCACGCUAUCUUGAUUUGCAACCGUCGCCGGCGAGGAACCCCAAAGACAUACAGGACGUGCUGGAGAGGGCACAACGAGUCCAGUUUCUCCAGGAGCAGCGAAUCAAGGAGCUCGAGCGCCAACUCCUCGCAUCACGCCGUGAAAGUGCAGCAGAGUUUCCCUUCUUCUCACGUCUGCCCCCCGAGCUCCGAUGCCGCAUAUGGAGGCAAGCCUUGCCUGUGCAGAAUUUCCGCCCGUUCCGCUUCCUCCAGCCGUCCUUUCUGGAGUGGAAGAGCCUUGCUCCGCCAACAAUUGCCGGAGUCUGCCGGGAGGCCCGAUACGUUGCGUACCAGCAUGGCGGCCUCUACUGCCACGAGUUCCUCGCCCCCCUCUCCUGGACAUGGUUCAACGGCGACACUGACGUAUUAGAUCUCUCGCCCUUCAAGAUGACGAAAGACAGCAGCUUCAUCCCUCUACAAAAGAAGCUCCUUCAGGAGACGACAACAAUACUCCUAGACGUAGAGACCGUCGAUAGCCUAUUAGUGACGGGUCUGUUCGGUAAAGAUAGCCAGCUCCCAAACGUCCGCAACAUCCACCUGAUGGCGGGGAAUACAUUUCAAGUGGACAAGCAAUCAUGGCAUCCUCAUGCAGUGGCACGACUCUUUGGUGGCCAGUCGUUCGUCCAUGUCGACAUCGAGGAUGAGCAAGAGGUGGCGCGACUCGACCAGCUGCUCCUCGCAGCGAUGACGGGGGCCGACGGCAGCUUCAUGGGCAAAUGGGAGAAGGAUGCCAUUACGAGGCUGCAGGCCCAGAUUCGGCCGUCGACUGCUAAGAUGGAGUCGUGGAAGAAGACAAAGCAGCUCAUCAUGCGAGGAUGGAUAUCCCACAAUAGCGAGGGGUUUUCAAGCGACAGCAUACCCAAGAGCUGCACCGGGGACGACGGGUUGAUGAAGGAAGACGACGUCAGAAAGCUUUACCCUCGCAUGCCUGUCGUCAAGCUGGUCCAAACGUUUGAGCCGGCCCCCGUCCCCCAGCUGGCAAAGUGGUACAGGGAGUGUGGGCGACCAAUGGUGGAAGACAUGAGAGGUUGA